CGCCUGUUUAUCAGUUGAUAGAACUUGGUGCGGAGUUCAGCUCAGCUCGUUGGAUGAGCCACACUCCGAGAUCCAUCCAGGCCAACCGACGCAUUGACUGCCCGUGAAUGAACCCCGGGAUCUCGAGCGUGCCGCGAGAUCCAUCCCCUGCCCUUCUUCUGUCCUCCUCGCCAUAAUGAGUUCCAAAUCUCGAGCGGUCGAUCCGAAUGCCAAGGAGAUCCCCAUGGUGAUCCGGGAUCCUCAACGGGGCAAGCAAUACGAGCGCGGAAAAUUCCUUGGCAAGGGUGGAUUUGCCAAAUGCUACGAGUUGAAGGAUGUCAAGACAUUGGAGGUAUUGGCCGGGAAGAUCGUGCCCAAGUCUUUGCUGGUCAAGCCCCAUCAGCGCGAGAAGAUGACCCAGGAGAUCAACCUCCACAAGGAACUCAGUCACUUAUUUGUCGUAAAGCUGUACUCCUACUUUGAGGACGACAACUUUGUGUACAUCAUCUUAGAGUUGUGCCGUCGACGAUCCUUGAUGGAACUCCACCGACGUCGCCAAGCUUUGACCGAACCCGAAACCCGAUAUUUCAUGAACCAAAUCCUCUUGGGGGUGAAAUAUCUUCACGAUAGUAAGAUCAUCCAUCGAGAUCUCAAACUCGGCAACAUCUUCCUCAACGAUGAUAUGGAGAUCAAAUUAGGCGAUUUUGGCCUGGCCACCCGGGUUGAUUUUGACGGUGAGCGAAAACGUACUCUGUGCGGCACACCCAACUAUAUCGCACCCGAGGUCUUGGGCAAGAAAGGCCACAGCUAUGAAGUGGACAUUUGGUCGAUUGGCUGUAUUCUGUAUACACUCUUGGUGGGCAAACCCCCCUUCGAAACACAGACCCUGAAGGAGACCUAUUCGAGGAUCAAGCGCAACGAGUACUUUGUCCCUUCGCAAGUAGGACCCUCUGCGCGAAAACUCAUCGGCAAGCUCCUUCAAGUGAGUUUUGAAUCUUCGGGUUGGUUGUUAGUUGCCCGUGGCUUGAAUAGGAUUUUCUUCCAGCAUGAUCCGGAAAGAAGACCGAACGUGAGAGAAAUCCUCAAAGACGACUUCAUGACCAAGGGCUAUUUGCCUCAAAGGUUGCCCGUGUCCUGUUUGACCAUGGCUCCGCGAUUCGACACAAAGACCAAUGUGAAUCUAAUCGCCCAACGCGGACCUCUCACGGAGCUCAACAAGGACAUGAGGAAUGCCUGUCUCGCCACCGAUGGCCUCAAGAAAACGCCCUCGAACUCUGACCAAGGCCACGCCAAUACGGACAAAUUCCUCCUGGACCUUCAAUCCCAGUUAAAGAGCGUCGUGGACGCCAAACCAGCCAAUAAGAAUGUCAUCAACGAAGACGAGGCCGAAGAUCCCAAGAGCCGACCAAUGAUCUGGGUCUCCAAAUGGGUGGAUUACUCAGAUAAGUAUGGAUUUGGUUACGCUCUCAGUGACGAGAGUAUCGGUGUCCUCUUCAACGACAUCACACGACUUCUUCUUCUUUCGGAAGGAUCCAACAUUCAUUACAUCGACUUCGAGGGCCAUGAGCAUUACUACACACUGACCAACUUCCCUCCCACUUUGGAAAAGAAAGUGAAAUUACUCAACUAUUUCCGCAGUUACAUGAAGGAGCAUCUAUUGAAGGCCGGUGCCAAUAUUGCCACCCGUGACGGAGAUGAGCUCUCUCGAAUUCCGUCUUUAAAGACCUGGUUCCGGACGUCUCGAGCAGUGGUGAUGCAGCUCUCCAAUGGCACGUUACAGAUUAAUUUCUUCAAAGAUCACACCAAGAUCAUCCUCUGUUCGCUCAUGGGGGCCUGCACGUACAUCGACGAGGACAAGAAUCAUCGGACGUUUCGCUUCGAUCUGAUCAAGGAGCAUGGUUGCAAUCAAGAAUUGGCGAGCAGGCUUACCUAUGCCAACGACAAAGUCAAUUCCAUGAUUGCCUCUCUCAGCAAAAAUCCUCAAGGGCCGCCACGACUUGGAUCUACUUAGGAAUUUAUACCCUCUUCUCGCUUUACCUUGGAAAGAACUCGAAUUUAGGACAUUAGGCCCUUUAUUGGACAAAUAAAAUCAGAUGGAAAAAGAAAAGAGGUAAAAA